GCCAAAAAUUACUCCAGUUCUUUCGUCCGCAUCUCCACCGUAUCAAUGUCUCUCGUCAAUAUCCUCAAUAUCCAGGUCUUGGAUAAUCCUACUCACUUUAAUAACCCUUUCCAAUUUGAGAUUACCUUUGAAUGCAAUGCUGAAUUGAAGGAUGAUCUGGAAUGGCGAAUGAUCUAUGUCGGCUCUGCCGAAAGUCAAGAUUAUGAUCAAGUCCUCGAUUCCAUCAUGGUGGGUCCCAUUCCCGUUGGUGUCAACAAGUUCAUCUUUUCCGCGGACGCCCCAAAGUUGGAACUGCUGCCGCAGAAGGAUUUGCUGGAGGUCACCGUGGUAUUGCUGAGCUGUCUAUAUCAUGACAAGGAGUUUGUGCGCGUCGGCUAUUAUGUGAAUAACGAAUAUACGGACCCUGAAUUACGCGAAAAUCCACCCUCGCAGAUCCAGAUUGAUAAGCUUCAACGAAAUAUUCUCGCAGAUAAGCCUAAAGUAACAAGAUACACAAUUGACUGGUCUGGCCAAGGCGACCCCAACAUCACUGAAUUUCAGACCAUGAACCAACAAAACCCGGAAGCCCAGGAGCAGUCUUCAGAACAAGACAUGAUGGUUAUAUAAGAUAACUCUAUCCAUCAGACAAAAUGCUUUGCAAUAGAGCGAGUUUAUUGCGUUUUCUUAUUUUAUCUUCUUCUUUCUUUUUUGUGAAAUGUAUAUUAUCGAAUCUCCCAAAAGAUUCUCUUCUCUUUCAACCGAUUCAAAACAUGGGAAAAAAAAUGAUAAUGCUACGAUCCAACACAUUAUCGCAAUACAAUCGCUGACGGAAAAGUGCCACUUCAUGAGGGUUGAGAUGCAGAGUAAACAAUCCAGAUCAUCAUCUUAGCCUUCUGGCGAUACCUGGUCCACCCUCUCACAAAUGGUUUGAGUCUCCUACGAUAAAGUACCUCACUUGGUUCAUGUGCGGCAACAAUAUUGACUUGUAUCGAAACGGCUCAAAUGAAAUAUGAGGCGGUUCGAUACAGAU